AUGCGGUCGCCGCGUACAAGACGCCGCAGACUCCGUCGCCCUGCGGCAGCCGCCUUGCCGUACUGCAGGAAGGGUCACAGGAAGAAGAAAGAUCGUCGUCGACGCGAAGGCAGCGGCGGCAUGACGGCGUCUCUCUCAGACGACUCGCUGGCCAGCAUCUUCACCCGGCUGCCGGACGCGGCGGCCGUGAUCCGCUGCGCCGCCACGUGCCGGCGUUGGGCCCGCGUCGUGGCCACGAGGGCCGCCAUCAUCUCCCGCUCCCUGCAGCCUCUGGGCCGCUUCCUGCCGGACCUCGCCGUCGGCGUCUUCCACCAGGAGAAAGACUGGCCCACCGCCCGCGGCCGUGACACCGUGCCGUCGCGCCCCUGCUUUGUCGCGAGGGCUCGCUUCCUCGGCGUCGGUGGUGGUCGGCAGCUUUGGGGACUAGAUGACGACGGCGGGCUCUUGGAUUACUCCCGCCCGGUCGCGUCCCGGAACGGGCGCCUCGUCCUCGAGCUCCGGCGUGAGGGCCGCGCCGUCGACGGCCUCAGGCUGGCUGUCUACAACCCCAUGACGAGUGACAAUAACAUCGUCAUCGUCCCACCUCUCAUCGUCUCAGCAGCACCAGGUGGCAAGAACAGCACGACGACGACACGCGACUACGGCUGCGCAUUGCUCACCGGCCACGACCUGCGCCCACCGCGCUGCCAGAGCUUCUUCCGUCUGCUGCUGAUAUACAACCGCAGACGCCGCCGCAGGGACUCCACCGUGCUUCGGUGCUACUCCUCGCACACCGGUCGCUGGGGACCAGAGGCCGAAUCCGACGUCAGGAUCCACGCCUCCAGGCUGCGCUGCAUCGGCCAAGCGGUGGUGCGGCGUGGAGUGGCCUUCUGGGCUCUGGAUCACGGCGUGCUCGGCGUGCGCCUCGAUCAUCAUACUGAUCAGGAUGGAGCCGUGACGGAUAUGCACUUGUUGCCUUACAACAUAAAUCAGCACUGGCCAGAGAAUAGGUUGCUGGGCGUCUCGGCGGACAAUAGACUCUUCAUGAUGCACGUUGGGGUCAGAAAUGGGCAGAACAAGAUCCUGAUAGCGAGUUUUUCAUACUUCGAGUUUCCCGAGGAAGACGACAUUCGCACCGGUAGAAGAGAAACCGUACGGGAGGACGCAUUCGUGCUGAUGCACCAGAUGAAGAUGGAACACCAUCACACCGGCAUCAAGCUGCGGUGGUUCGGCGACAAGAGUGGGCUCGUCUUGUUCACCAUGGGAGCACGGAGCGGGCAUGCCGGCACCUUCGUGUUGAACCUCUGGGAGGAAUUGGUCUACAAGGUGGCUGAUGACGGGGACUCAUGGAACAACUUGAUCGGGUAUGAGAUGGACAUGGCCGCGUACCUUGCCUCUAUAGACCGACAUUCCUUUACUUGA